UUGCGAGACCCCCCCAAAGUCUCCGAAAGGAAUUUGGCUACAUCCAUUACGGGUAUUCCUAACUUUAUCAGUACAAGCCUCUUCGCGAUGGAAGGCAUCGGAGUUGUCAUGCCAAUUGAAAAUGAGAUGAUUAAACCGCAUCAUUUCCUCGGGUGCCCUGGAGUUUUAAAUAUUGCAAUGUCAGCGGUUGUCUUGCUUUACGGUUUCGUCGGAUUCUGCGGUUACCUAAAUUUUGGGGAAGAAGUGAGGGGAAGUCUCACAUUGAAUUUGCCGCAAGAUGAAAUAUUAGCUCAGCUUGCUAAGAUCUUGGUGGCGUGCGUAAUGAUACUGUCCUUUGCGUUGGUGUAUUACGUCCCAGUGGAUGUCGUAUGGAGGCGGAUACAAGACAAAAUACCAGCACGAGGUCACCGAUGGUCGAUAGCCGGAUUGAGGUUUAUAGGAACAGUACUAAUAGUUGGCAUUGCAAGUGCGAUUCCUAGACUCGAGCUCUUCAUGGAACUUGUGGGCGCUAUUUGCUUAUCCGUUAUGGGUCUGCUACUUCCCGCAAUAGUAGAGACAGUUUGGCGUUGGAGUCGCGGUUUGGGACCAUGCAAUUGGAUUCUAUGGAAAAAUUGCCUCAUCAGUAUCUUCUCUGUGAUUGCAAUGGUUUCAGGCGUUGCUUAUUCAAUUAUUUCCAUAUUGGAAAGGCUGUGA